GACAGAACCAUUAUGUCUUGCUUGCAGAUUCUUUACUAAUCAAGGCAACUUUUUGACCUUUUCUGAUGGUGUAUGGAUGAAGGAAAGUGCAGUACUGAGUGAUGAAGACUUUAAUGGAAAUGUUAAUCUAUCAAGUACUUCUGAUACUAUGUUCAUGAGCCUGGAGUAUCCUGAUGAUCUUGUUAAUGUUGAUGAUACUAUAACAUGCUCAUCAUCAACUGCUGGCCAACAAAACAUCAUCACUUUUGGAGAUUUUGUCUUUCUGGACCCAGUAGUAUCUCCUGAUGGCACUGUUAAUAUCACUGAAGGAUCUAAUUUAACAUUAACAUGUUCUGAUCCUGGUAAUACUGGUAUGCCACGUUUUGUAUGGAUUAAUGAUAGAAAGAGUGCAUGUGCUCUUCUUGAUGAUAGUGAUGGUAUUGAGCUAACGCCUAUCAUUAAUAAUCCUCCUUUAAACUUAACUUUAAUAAAUAUUGACAGAGCAGCUAGUGGUAAUUACACUUGUAGAACAACACACAUUGAUUUACCAGGUAUUAAAAGAGAAACUACAGUUACUGUUUAUGUACAGCCAAUAAGAUACACAAUAGUUCACACUACUGUUUAUCAAAGCAAUGACACUGUUUCCAUUAAUUGUUCGUAUGAUGAUGACUCUGUUGGUGUGAAAUGGGUCCAUAACAAUGCACAAAUUGACUCAAAUAGUGACCCUCAAGUCACAAUCAACACACAAUCCACUUACUCUGAGCUCGCAAUGUCUCCUCUUGCACAAGAACAUGCUGGACAAUAUCAAUGCAUUGUCUCUAAUAUGUUUGUAUCUACAAGAAGUGAAAAGAUUUUCAUUGUCAUCCAAGUGUUGCCAUGUGAUCGGGCUACUGUAACAAGUACUAUUAGUCAUAGCUUUUGCAGCCAUAUUUGGCCAUCACCUGUUGAUCUUGUUGAUGCAACUGUGACUCCUGUUCUUAUCACUAACAUUGCUAGUAACAGUAAUGGUGAGUGUAGCUAUAUUAUUCCAAUCGUGUCAUCAGUAGUUGUGACUAUUAUUGUCACAUUUAUAAUCACAUUUUUAACUACGUUCAGUAUCAGUUAUUGCUGUCACAAGAAAUCCAAUAAGAAUAUACCAACCAAUAAAUUGAAGGAUAUUCCAAUUGAUUCUAAUUUAGCUUAUUCAACACAUACACCAAGGUUGUGUCAACCUACUUGAUCAAGAUACACAACAGCAGAAAUACAAUGGAAGCAUUUGAUGCAUUUUAUUGAAAUGACAUACAAUGACUUCAACUUAUUUUGUAUACUGGUUGACUGUUGCUGUAAAGUUGCAAUGUAGCUGUAGAAUCAAAUCAAUAAAAGUUGUUCUAUUUGUUAUUUUAGCUAUCUAAAUCUAGUUAUUCCAAAUAAUUAAAAUAAUAUUCAUAGCAAAAAAGGAAGCCCCAUUUUUGUUGGCCAGCCCUUUUCCUAUACAAAUGAUCCAGAACAAAAGAAACCAUAAGCAGACCUGUCUUUGUGUUUUGUGUCUACAUGCUCAAGCUCUAGUUUAGACUAGAGUAGAGUAAUGGCUAA